AACUGUCCUUCGUCGCUCCUGGUUCAUUUUCAAUGGGGAAUUGUCUGUCGUCGCAGAGUGCAGAUGACCUGUCUCUUCUGAACGACUCCGAAGGAGCCAGUCUACCAGGAGAACCGCCACCGCCUUACCAGGAGCGUGCUGCUCAGCAUGUCCCGGUGUUCCAGCCGUUGGGCGGUCAUCCGCCCCAGCUGAGCGAGGAGGAGCAGGUCAGAUUGGCCCUGCGGAUCGGCCUCAUCCAGCACCUGCCCCGCGGCAUCUACCAGCCCUCACAACAGCACCCCGACAAGAGGAACAAAGAGUGUGUGAUCUGCAUGAUGGACUUUGAGCUGGGUGAUGCAGUGCGCUACCUGCCGUGUCUGCACACCUACCACGUGGACUGCAUCGACGCCUGGCUGAUGCGCUCCUUCACCUGUCCCUCCUGCCUGGAGCCCGUGGACGCAGCCCUGCUCUGCUCCUACCAGACAAACUGACCUUUCAACCAUGACCUUCGACCCUUCUAGCUCCUUCACCUGCCCCUCCUGCCGUGAGCCCAUGGACGCCGCCCUGCUCUGCUCCUACCAGACCAACCCUGACCUUUCAACCCCUAACCUUUGACCCUUCACUUUUAUCUCCAGACCCUCCUGAGCCCUCGACUGUUCUCUUCGAUGCCUUGACCACAUGACGCAUCUCAUCAUCUCUUCCUUACAGCCUGAAGCUGACCUUUCAACCCUGACCUUUGACGUUCGACUGCAGAGAGCCCUGUGUUCUGUCCUAGACCACUCAAAUUUGACCUCCCAACCUGUUGACCCCAUACCCAUGACUGCCCUACGUCAGACAGGACGACCUGUAACCUCUUUUCAUCUGACCUUUCACCUUUCCCUGUAACCUAGACAAAGAUCACCACUGUUACACUCUGCUUCCAAAAACAAUUUCCAAAGCGGUCAUCUCCGCUCAUCUCGGUCCCAAAAAAACAGUUACUGGACAUCGAGGAAGAAAAUUAGAUCUGUUGCUCAACAAGUCCAAAUAGGAGAUGGAUCUGCUAUAAUAUCAGAAUCAGCUACCCAAUGACUGGAACAUUUCAAAACACAUCAGCCAUUCAGGAAUUGUUGUUGCACAGUUGAGCGAAUGACACAGGGGGCCCAACAAUGAAAAACUGUAAUGACUAAGAGCAGUGCCAACAUGGAAUAGCCAAUCAGGGCAUCCGUUAUUGGGUGGUGCUUGUUUGAUGGUGGAUAUGAGCUUUUCUGCUCCAACAUCAGAGUCAGCCUCAGGGGGCUGAAGAAGAGGGGUAGAUGAAGGAGGAAAGUGUGCCAGAGUAUCCCACAGGGCUUCAACCACCCAUUAUAAACCAAUGACUGGAGCCGUUCAAAACACAACAGCCAAUCAGAGGUUGUGUUGUUGCUUAGUAUUAGUUUGACUGAGGAUAUGUUUAGUUUUGUUGAUUUCUGAGUGGCUGGAGCCUUAGUCAGUGGGGUAAUGACUGACAAUGGAAAUGAGAUCAUUAGGGCCAGUGGUGUGUGUUUUUCUUUGGUACUGUAGUAUAGAGUAUAGACUGACGAAGAAGACAGGAUAUGUUCUCUUUUUUUGGGGGGGGGGGGGUAAAAUGGUUUGUGAUUUGAGGGAGAUGGAUACGUGUGUUGGCUGGACAGUGGAGAAGACGCUAGAAGGAGCAAUUCUACUGAAUUCUGCUCGAGUCCCACUCUGUGUUUAUUAUUAUGGGCUAUCGAACUUUCAAAGAACAGAAGCACCCCGACUGGCUUGCAUUGACUCUGAUGCAAGGCCAUACGCUAUCACUUUACUCGGUUGGUUCCAGCAUUCUAUCUGCAUGGUUCCAUCCUGUGUCAUCCCCAUGGUGACCAAAUGUGCAAUAUCGGUAGCAUGAUUAAGAUGCUUACAGCACCCUAAUUGGGUGAGUUUCACUUCCUCGUUACCCAAGUCGGCCAAUUAGCCGUCCCCUAUUGUUAAGCACAGUGGAUGCUGAUUGGCUCCCACACCACACCUCUUUGUUUCCAAAUGGCUGUGAAUGUCAUUAAAUCUAAAAGCACAGGGCUCUUUAAACUCGAAUGCAAUGUCUUUAUAAUAAAAAAAAGUGAUCUAGAGAUCUUUUGUAGAUAUAUGUGACAUGCGCCCUCCCUGUACAGGUGUGUGUGGGGGGGGGGGGGGGGGGGGGAUGAUGAUAACACCUUCAAGUGUGGCUGACUCUGAAGUGACAUCAAGGCCUGAGCUGUUUGUUGUUGUUUAGAAUCUUCCUAUAUUUGUUUACAUGGUUUUCAUUGUUUUGGUUUCAUAUACCGUGCUUUGUUUGUGUGUCUUCUCUUGUUGUGUUCAAUAUUGUUGCCUUUUCUUUCCUUCCAGGCCUUGAUUUUGUAUGAGCUGUAAGCUGGAGAGACCUAUGCGGUCUAUAUAUAUAUAUAUAUAAUGCUAUAUUAAGUAAGUAAUAAGUAAUGCUGUAUGUAUAUAGCAUAGUGGGAUUGAUUUGUGCCUGUCACUGGCUCUCCUUAUUCAGAGAAAAUGAACUGAUGCAAUCAUACGUAAAAAGUAUUUGUGCACCUUUUCAACAACGUGUCAGGAUAAGUAGACUGACUGACAGUAACAGCUUUAUGAGUACUUUUCUCUCUCUCUCUCUCUCUCUCUCUCUCUCUCCCCAUUCUGAAAAGGUAUAGCAAAUUAGAAAUUAGCUAUACUGAACACACUGCUGUUGCCUGAACUGCUGCACAUGACAACAGCCAAUUUGUUAACUCUUUUGAGAACACUUUACGUGUUCCGUGUGUGUGUGUGUGUGUGCAUGACAGAUUGUCUGGUCUGAGAUAUAUAUAUAUAUAUCAACUAAUCAUGAUGUCAUUUUCAUUUCCUGUUGAUGUUAUAUGGUGUGUGGGUUUAAUUUGGAUAAGAAAAAGGGCUUACAGUAUAGUCCAGGUUCCUCAUAUUGUUGUCUUAUGGUGUCUUCUCCCGCGGGCUACAGACUGCCAAGCCUGGCAUCGGUCAAACACGGCUCAGAUUGGGCUCUGAUACGGCUUCUGUCUGGUAGUCAGACAGGUUGAACUGUGAUUACUAGUGUUUACUGACUGAAUGGUGCCAAUGGAAUGCCAAACGGGAUUAUAAGAAAUGUAUUCUACUGUGUGAUCAUCAGUAGCACAAUGUCCUUCUAGUGUGCAAAGCAUAGGGCUAAAGGCCCAUUCACACCAAGAACGAUAACGAUAACUAUAACUAUAAAUACAUUGUUGUUGUUAAUAUGAAUGACGACGUUCACACAUAAACUAUAACGGUAACAACAAGAAGAACGAUAUCGAGGGGGAUCACUUUCAGAGCGAUUUUCAGAACGAUAAAAAGCUAAUAGCCAAUCAGAACCCAUCGAAUUUUAACCGUCACAUUCAUUAACACAAGGAGAGACUUUGUUUAUCGUUGUUCAGUGUGAACGCUUUUAUCGUUAUGGUUAUAGUUAUCGUUAUCGUUAUCGUUCUUGGUGUGAAUAGGCCUUAAGUGUGACUUAGUGUGAAAGUAGUUAAAAGUGUUGUUAGGAUUUCAGUGUGCUGUACAGAGAGACCCUGACUCUAGAUGAGCCAGAUGCAUGAAGAUGUGAGCAUUAGUUUAGGGUUGUGGGAAAUGUAUUCCUUAACAUAAUAUCAAAACAGGGGACAUAGUUGUUUGAUGGCUUAAGUGUAUGAUUUGUUAUAGAAUCUAUAGGUUAAUGUAGUCAUCGUUUUUCCCUCUUCUUAAUGCAAACAUAGGCCUAAUUUAAGGAGUAACAUGAAUGGGGAAAAACUGAUCUAGAGGGAUUUAAAAAAAUAUAUAUUUAUAUAUAUCUAGCUUGACAAUGACAAUCUAGAUAUAGUAAGUGGGUUAUAAUUAAAGAAAAAUAAACCUACAAAGUGUUGCUUUUAUGGUGUCACUUGGUCAAUUCUGUGCCAUCGCUACACAGACAUGGCUUGUCUGUGUCACUCCAGUGAUUCCUUAAUGUUAUGUUACAUUCGCAGUACUUUCUCAUCAGCAGCUGAGCUAACCAUAGGCACUGCUGUUAAGGACAAUCAGAACUUUCUUUUAUGUUUGACCUCAGUGACCUUUCUGAAUUUUGACCUCUUCGGACAGAUGGAUUGUGAUCCAGAUCGAGUUCAGAAACUUUUAAGUGUGUGUCAAAAAAGACUUUGAUUCAAGGUCAAACUUGCAUUUGCUGGCUGAGAGUUGUGUUGAUUUAGGAUGGGUUGGAUUAGACUGUAGGCCUAAUGAUCUAAUCUGGAUUAGAAGCUGAAUUGAAGAUGACCAGCGCUCAUCAUUGGAGGUUUUGAUGUUUUGAUCUCUUCAUACUACUUACAGCUGCUGUUUCAAUCAUUAAUUUGUGUCUUUUUUUUUAGUUUCUGUUGAUUUAUUUGUUUUCCCAACUGUGUGUGUGUGGUCUUUUGUGGGUGUAUGGGUGAGUAGUAUGUGUGCAUCAACACCACAUGCAGCUUGUAGGACACUAAACCACAAUAAAAGUGGAUGCCAAAAUGAUCAAA